CUCACGGUAAAGGCCUCUUCCACAGGGGUGAUUUCAGAGCGGUUAUCAGCCGUAGAGGUCAACACACCGGAGGAGAUGUUUGUGGAGAAUGGGACAGACGCAAAGCUUCCAUGCACGUUUACAUCUGUGGAAGUGAUCAGCAGCGCAGCAUCUGUUUCUUGGAGUUUUCAACCAGAGGGAGUUGCAACUCGUAUCUCAUUUUUCUAUUACUUUAAUGGAAAGCCAUACCCUGGAAAGGAUAUACCAUUUAAAGACAGGAUCACGUGGGCUGGAGACCUUAACAAGAAAGAUGCUUCUAUCAGUAUAUCAAACAUGCAGUUCCGGGACAACGGCACUUACAUUUGCGAUGUCAAGAACCCACCCGACAUUGUUGUCAAACCAGGAGAAAUUCGAGUGAGAGUUGUGGAGAAAGACAGCCUGCCUGCGUUCCCCAUUGCCAUGGUGGCAGGGAUAGUCAUCGGUACGGUUACAGGUCUCUCACCGCUCAUCUCUAUUGUCGUGUGUCUUGUCAUCAGAAAGAACAACUCUAAAAAACGAUACUCUGGCUGCAGUACCUCUGAGAGCUUGAUGGCACCGGUUAAGCAGGCUCCGCAGAAGUCGCCCUCCGACACAGAGGGUCUGGUAAAGAGCGUGCCCGCCAGAUCGCACCAGGGCCCAGUCAUUUACGCGCAGUUAGAUCACUCUGGAGGACAGCACAGCGACAAGAUUAACAAGUCAGAGUCUGUGGUCUAUGCUGAUAUUCGGAAGAACUGAGACGAGAUCCUAAGCUAUCCAAAGGAAAAAACACGUUCAGACUGGAAUUGCUUGAGCAAGAUUUGACCCAGAGAACUCACAUGUGGCCUUUGAUGCCCUAGGCUAGGACCAAUGCAUGUGCAUACAGAGGGAAAGAUAUAUAUGUAUUGUGUGUAAAUAGUCUAUUUAAUCGUACAGAAGUGAGACCAAUGUUGCAUGUUGAAAUGCGGUAAGAAUUUUGCUUAUAAAUCGCCAAUAUUCUUUUUAGUAUCUUGUGUGACGAGAGAGAAAGUGAAAACUCGCAUCACAAUUUUAAAAUAUUUUUAUCUUGAUUAUUAAUGGAGAAACUGGAAGAUGCCUGAAGAUUCAAGA